AUGUCAGACAAUCGCAGCUCACCGGUCAGAGAUGCUGCAUCUUCUCCAAUGGCUGCCCCUCCUUCUUCUCUCGGAGGGUCAUCCCCGCCUCUGUUUUACAACCCGUCGUCAUCAUCCCAGCCGGACACGUACGAGAGCCAACAGAGACAGAGGACGGUAGGCUCUUCUCCUUUUCGCCCACAAAGGUCCUCUGAAUUUCGAGGAGGGGUUUCUUCUGAUACUUUCAGUUCUCAACGCAGAGCUCAGAGGAGAGGUGGACCCGACUCGGGCCGCUUCACAGAUCAAUCCAGCGAGCCAGAUCUGCUAUCAUCAUCGCUUUCAGGGCGCAUUUCACAGCGUGCUUCUCAACGUCGCAGUGAUUUACAUGCGUCUGAUCUUUCUUCCCCACGAAGAAUGGUCGAUUUGGACUCACAGCCUGCACCUAACUCUUCCUCUGACCCUGUGUCAGAAGCAGGUGAACCGUUGCGUAUCAUCUGGGGUACCAAUGUGAGUAUUCAGGAGUGUGCAACAAACUUCCGCAAUUUUCUAAUGUCAUUCAAGUAUAAAUUUCGCAAAACGCUGGACGGAAACGAGGAUUUAAUAACUGAAGAUGAGGAUGAAGAAUUGUAUUACGUUGAACGUUUAAAUCAAAUGCGCGAAAUAGGCUCUCUCAAUUUGAAUUUGGAUGCUAGAAACCUGCUAAGUUUCAAGCCUACAGAAAAGCUUUAUUAUCAACUGAUGAGUUAUCCUCAAGAAAUUGUGUCCAUCAUGGACCAGACCAUCAAGGACUGUAUGGUAUCAUUGGUGAUUGAUAAUAAUCUGGGGUCAAGUUUGGAUGAAGUAGAGUCCAAGUUUUACAAAGUCAGACCUUACAACAUAGAAACCAAGAAAGGCAUGCGAGAGUUGAACCCGAACGACAUCGAUAAGCUUAUAAGUGUCAAGGGUCUAGUUCUGCGGUCAACGCCUAUCAUUCCGGACAUGAAAGUGGCAUUUUUUAAGUGUAAUGUAUGUGACCAUACAAUGGUAGUAGAAAUUGACAGAGGUCUGAUCCAAGAACCCUCCAGAUGUCCGCGUGUUGCGUGUAACCAGCCAAACUCGAUGUCCUUAAUCCAUAACCGUUGCUCCUUUGCUGAUAAGCAAGUCAUUAAACUCCAAGAAACUCCUGAUACAGUGCCGGAUGGCCAAACUCCACACUCGGUGUCUCUCUGUGUGUACGAUGAACUGGUCGAUUCGUGUAGAGCGGGUGACAGGAUAGAAGUCACCGGAAUAUUUCGCUCGAUCCCCAUUAGAGCCAGCUCUAGACAAAGAGCUCUGAAGGCUCUAUACAAGACUUACCUUGAUGUUGUUCAUGUUAAAAAAGUGACCCGCGAUCGAAUGGGAGCUGAUACUUCGACCGUUGAGCAGGAAAUUUUGCAAAACGAGAUAAACCAUACCGACAUACGUGAGGUUACUAAGAUAACCGACGAACAGAUACGCAAGAUACAUGCAGUUGCUUCGAGAGGCGACGUAUAUGAUGUUUUAGCUCGUUCGCUGGCUCCGAGUAUCUACGAGUUGGACGACGUUAAGAAAGGAAUACUGUUACAGUUAUUCGGUGGUACUAAUAAAACGUUUACGAAAGGUGGUAGGUACAGAGGUGACAUUAAUGUGUUAUUGUGUGGCGAUCCAUCAACGUCGAAGUCUCAGAUUUUACAGUACGUUCACAAAAUCGCUCCUCGUGGUAUCUACACAUCUGGUAAAGGUUCUUCUGCGGUAGGUUUAACUGCAUAUAUCACGAGAGAUGUUGACACAAAACAAUUGGUGCUAGAAAGCGGUGCUCUGGUCUUAUCUGAUGGUGGUGUCUGUUGUAUUGACGAGUUCGACAAAAUGAGUGAUUCGACAAGAUCCGUUUUACAUGAGGUAAUGGAACAGCAAACUAUUUCGAUUGCCAAAGCCGGGAUUAUCACUACGCUAAACGCACGGACAUCCAUUUUAGCUAGUGCUAACCCAAUAGGGUCGCGGUAUAAUCCAAAUCUGCCUGUCACGGAAAAUAUUGAUUUACCUCCUCCACUGCUAUCAAGAUUUGACCUUGUAUAUCUCGUCCUUGACAAGGUUGAUGAGGCAACGGAUAGGGAACUUGCGAAGCACCUCACUAAUUUGUAUCUAGAAGAUGCUCCUGAUCACGAAAACGCUGAGGAUAUUUUGCCAGUCGAAUUUUUGACCACGUACCUCAACUAUGCGAAGCAGCAAUAUUCCCCGGUCAUUGGUGAGCAAGCGAAAACGGAGCUUGUUAGAGCUUACGUUACCAUGCGGAAGAUGGGUGACGACUCUAGGUCAGAUGAAAAAAGAAUUACUGCCACGACAAGGCAGCUCGAGAGUAUGAUCAGACUCUCAGAAGCACAUGCAAAGAUGCGAUUAUCUCGAGAGGUUGAACUUCAAGAUGUACAAGAAGCUGUGAGAUUAAUAAAAUCCGCCAUCAAGGACUACGCCACGGAUCCUAAAACGGGGAAGAUAGACAUGAGUCUUGUACAAACGGGUAAAUCCGUCGUGCAGCGUAAAAUGCAAGAGGAUUUGGCACGCGAGGUUUUGGCCGUCAUAGCGGGCCGUCCUAACCAUACUGUGACCUACAAUGAGUUGGUUCGGAGUAUCAACGAACAGUCGCAGGAUAAGGUUGAUGCCACAGAUAUCUCAGACGUUCUAGUUCGCUUGCAACAAGAGGACAAAGUCAUUGUGUUAGGAGAAGGCGUGAGACGCUCCAUCCGUCUCAAUGGUCGGAUCUGA